AUGGCAUCUGCAUCAGCUAAGAAAUUAGCAGCUUCUAAUGUUUCUAUAUUAAAUCAAUUAUCAAUAAUUGCAUCAAUAAUAAACUUUUUUGCUGCAUUGGUAAUUUUUAAGUUCCAUCGUCCAUCAAGUUUUAAACCAUGGUUAUUUUGGUCAUUACCUAGUUUCUUUUUACAUAAUUCAUUAGAAUCAAAUGGUCGUCCUAAAUAUGACAAAGAUAAUAAUGGUAAAAAACACUUGGUUAAAAGUGGAGAAGAUAUUAGAUUAAAAGGAAGUUUAUAUGAAUAUUAUUUUGAUGUUAUUUAUAUUACUUGGUUUUUGGAUAUUUUAAUGAUUAUAUUUGGUACUAAUAAAGUAUGGUAUUUAUAUUUAGUUAUUCCUGGUUUUGCUAUUUAUAAAUUAAGUGGAUUCAUCUUACCAUUUAUUAAAAAGAAUAAGAACCCUACUGCUCAAGAAGCUGAACAAGAUCAAAGAGGUGCUAGUGGCAACACUGCUACCAGUAAACGUCAACAAAAAUUACAAGCUAGAAGAGAAAAAGGUCCAGCUGUUAGAUAUAGAUAA